AAAUUUCAUGUUCUCAAUUGCCUAUAUAUAUUUGCUAUUAAUCUAUCAAUAAAUCAUGGCAAAUAUAUCUUGCCCUAUUGAAUUGGAGCCUAGGACUUUGAGUGGAGAACAACUAACUCAAGCAAGGGAACUAGCUGCUGAGGUGGUUCAAAAUAUGGAACCAAGUGAAGCAUCAACUGUGUUUUUUGAGGGGAUUAUGCAUCCAAUAAAGGAGGUCACACUCAUGGAUGAAAAUAAAUGCAAAAAUGAGAAAUUAAUUGAUUUCACAAAGAAGAAAGAGACUCUACCUUAUGAUGAGAAAGUUUACCAAUGCCAAUGUUCAAGUUCUACUGAAAUCCCUUUUUGUAUUGUUGGAGAAAAAGAGCCCCUUUCUGCACCAUUUUGAUUUUUGUGUUGUUUUAGCUGUUAAUGGUGUUUAUUUAAUUAUUUUAUAUGCCAAUAAAAUAUUCCUAUGUUUGGCCAAUUUUUUGUUUGAAAAUAAAAUAACUAGACAGUUAUGAUUAUUUCAUGAAAUAACUUUUCUUGUUCUUUUUUUAAUAUAAAAAAAGAUGUGGUUUCUGAUUUUUUUUUUUUCCAUCAUUAUAAGUGUAUAUAUAGUUUAAAGUCACACAACAUUCUGGGCCAUAUUGCGU